UUUCGUUUUAUGUUCUCAGGGGAGCCCGUCGGACCAAAAAAACUCUCUCCGAAUUUAUUACCCUAACUUGUCCUUGUAAAUUGGCCCAACAUUUGAGUGAAUGGUUUAAACUGAGAGAUCCGCGUGAAUGCAGCAACCAAGAAAUCGGGGCAAAACAUCGACAAGCUACAAAGAUCAAAAUCAACUUUUAUUCUUUGGCCAGGUGUAUUUGGUGUGAAUUGGGACUAGGGGACUCCAAAUUUUCUGCUUGGAGGAGAAUUUCCUUGGUGGGUAUUGUAGAAGUUGAUUCCUUUUUUAUGGAUUGCUUAGUGCUUCUCUAAUGAUCAGAGAUUGGUGAGCGAAUCAUUGGGGGGAUCUUGAACAAGUUUGGUGUAUUAUUGGGUUCCAAAAGCAUGACACAUGAGGUUUGGAGAUGGCUUUUGGGUUUGAUUUACAUAGUUGCCGUUGCAUCUAUCUGGAUAGCUGCUAGUUAUGUGGUUCAGUCCGUUUUAGAUGCAGGGGUUUCACCAUUCCUCAUAACGUACAUUUGCAAUUCACUAUUUGUGGUUUACAUUCCCCUAGUUGAGAUUGGGCGCUAUUUGGAGGAUACGUACGGAAGUUUAUGGUUUUGGAAAAAUAAGAAAAGUGGCAUUUUGCAAGAUUUACGGGAAUCAGAGCAGGUUGUUCUUCUUGGGGAGAGUGAAUUAGGUGCAAAAGCCAUAAAUCCAUCUGUGCUUUUGGAAGCGGGGCAAGUUAGCCAUCAUGGAGAAGGUAUUGGUUCUGAAGCAGAAUUUGUAUCACAUGAGAUUCAAGCUUCUCUACCAGAUCAAGAUAAAGCCAGUGGCAACUUCGAUAAACGAGUUGAUGCAAAAGGCCGUUGGACACGCACUAGAGUGGCAAAAGUUAGCUUAUUGAUAUGCCCAUUUUGGUUUUUUGCGCAGCUCACAUUUAAUUUCUCGCUGAAGUAUACAACAGUCACGUCAAAUACCAUCUUAAGCAGUGCAUCCAGCCUUUUUACGUUUUUGGUCUCUCUAGCAUUCUUGGGUGAGAUGUUUACAUGGGUGAAGCUCAUCAGUGUUCUUCUUUGUAUGGCUGGAACAAUAGUUGUCAGCUUAGGGGACUCUCAAACCAGUUUAACUGCAGCUUCAAACCCCCUUCUUGGAGACAUUCUGGCAAUCGUAUCAUCAGCACUAUAUGCUGUGUAUAUUACCCUUAUUCGCAAGAAGCUACCUGAUGAUGAUGGAAAAAGUGGACAUGCCAGUAUGGCACAGUUCCUCGGAUUUCUAGGGCUUUUUAACCUCUUGAUUUUCCUUCCUGUGGCCCUUAUUCUUAAUUUCACCAAGCUGGAACCUUUUGAACUGCUUACCUGGGAGCAGUUUGGUCUAAUUGUUGGAAAAGGUUUGUUAGAUAAUGUGCUGAGUGAUUAUUUAUGGGCCAAGGCUGUUCUUCUGACGACUACCACAGUAGCAACGGCUGGACUAACAAUUCAGAUCCCAUUAGCAGCUAUAGUCGACUCUGUAAUGGGCAAUGCCCCUCAUCUCAUGGAUUACCUUGGAGCUCUUGCCGUCAUUAUUGGGUUUGCUGGCAUCAACAUUCCUUCUGAUGCAUGUGGCAGAUCAAAAGACGCCAGUGUUGAGCUAGAAACUGAAAAUUUCAGCUCCUCUACGGAUCAAGAUCGCGUGCCAUCAGUCAGUCAAGCUGCAGCGACCAUUUCAUAGCAUGUUGUGGCGCUUCUGUUUAGCGUUUACGCCAGUGAAGAGUCAAGGUUAUGUUGCAAGUGCAAAUAUAUUCUAUUAUACCAUUUUAACAGAAAUGUAUAUAUAUGUAAUUUUAGCCCCCCGCCCCCGACAUUCUUUUUUUUAGAGGGGGGGUGAAAAUAGAGAAUCAUGGGCAGUAUGGGUGUAAGAAAUUAUAACUCGUUAUUGAUUCCUCUCAUUUAGCACAAUAAGAGAAAACAGUGGAUGGAUGUAUACUAA